AUUUAUACAAUUUUCUUUUUGGGACCUAUUUUCUUUCUUAGCAAACAUCGUGAGGAAGGUGUUUUGGAGAAGAAAUUGUGGCAACGAGGUUUCGAGGGAAAGAAUAAGGGCGGAUCCUGUCGAGUCACUAUCGGUCUCAUAGAUGGAUCUGAUUUUCAUCCUGGUGAGGAGGACAUGGACCUUUCUCCUGCUAAAGUUUCUAUUCCAUGUAUGAAUAACGUAGCUGAUCAAUCAAUGGAAACCUCAAAAGGAAGUGGUCGUAGUGCCAAAAACAAAGGAAAAGGUCACAGAACUGAACUUAGUGUGGAUGAAAGAAGUGGAAAGAAAAUCUUGAGUGAUAAGCGACAUCGACUAAGAAAAAAGAUGUUUUUCAAAAAUAUGACCGAAGAGAUCAGUCAGUUAAAAGAGUAUAUUACAGAGAUGCAGUCCCAGCAGAAAUCUUCAUCUCAACUUCUAGAGAAACUAGGAUCUUAUAUUUCCCAAUCAACCAACCAACAGCAUGAUGAUAAAGGUGAUUCUAUCCAGAUUAUAAAACAAGAAAUGAUUGCCCAGCUUGAACACUUGCAAGAUAUCAAAAAGUUGACUACUGAGAACGGAGAAUUAAAAGAGGAAAUUGUACGGUUAAGUAGUGUGAACGGAUUGUUAAAAUUGGAGAAUGAGCGGGUAAGUUCUGAGAACGGAUUCUUAAAAGUGGAAACCGAGCGGCUGAGUACUGAGAACAAACAUCUAAAAGAGGAAACUAGCUGGCGAAAUUUCGAGAACAAACGCUUGGAAGAUCUUAUCAAAGGCCUGCGAGGCAAGGGACAACUUCUAGAAGUUCUGCAGAGACAAGACAGUCGUAUUUCUCUACCAACAUGCCAGGAUAACCAUGGAAUGGAGUGUAAUAAUGAUGACCAUGUUUAUAGUAAUAAUCGUUGUGUGGAGAAAUUUGGCAACGAAGGAGCUGUUGCUGGGAUGGAGUUGGAAAGUUUUACUUCUAAGAACAGUUUCUUCAAAUCAGAAUUUGGUCGGUUGACUGAUGAGAUAAAACGGCUACAAGAAGAUAUUACAUGGUUGCGUCCUAAUUGGCAAUUUCCAGCCCAAGAUCUAAACAAACUAGGAGAUCUUUUUUUCCAAUCAACCAGUCAGCCACAUGAUGAUAAAAGCGGUUCUGUCCAGUCCACUGGUUUCCAAUUGCGUGAAGGCAUCCAGGAUGUGCAGAAGACUGGUUCUAGUGACGAAGCAGCGGCUACCAACCAGAAUCAUACAAAUAAUUAUUCUUGAUUUGGAGCAUGUACCCUAGUUAUUUGCUGAAUUAAAGUUGUUUCUCCUAAGGCUACUUUGGUAGCCAGUCUAGUUUUCAAUUCCGGACUUUAAUGCUUUUGGUAAUGAUAGCAAAUGACCGACUAAUAAAUGUGUUUCGUGAAUAUUAAAUGAAUAUGUUUGGUAUUA